AUGGCUGCUGCAUCACCGAUCGCACAGCUGACAGACGAUCUUCUCGCCAUUAUUUUCCAUUUCGUCAGUCGAUCCGACGGCCAGUUCCAGCACGCGCUUGUGUGCAAGAAAUGGCAUCGCAUCGCCCGUCGCGUGCACGACCAUAUCCAGAUUUGCGAAAACCGUCGCAUGCGUCCUCGCGAGCUGCUCGCGCACCUCUCGUCAUUCCCAAGGCUCCGAAAGCUCGUCCUCGCCAACGGCAGCCUCACGUCCGUCCCUGACUCCCUCCUCUCGCGGAUUGCCGACGCGUGUCCAGAUCUGACGGACCUUUGCGUAGAUACGAUGGCACGACAGUACAGACGCGGGGGUUUCACUGAGAACGGACUUUCUUUUUUCUUUGAGAGAUGCACGCGGCUGGAGGGACUUCAUCUCGACUGUCAGUCGAAUCUGACCACCAUUCCCGCGUCAAUCGGUGGCCUUGCGUCACUCAAGAGCCUGCACAUCAAGGACAGGGGGAGAAUCGCUCUCAUCCCAGACGCGUUCACCUCGUUACAGUCACUCACACAUCUCGUGCUUGAACUGUGCUGCCUGGAUGAGCUGCCUCAGGGCUUCGGCAAUCUGACGCUCCUCAAGUCGCUCCAGCUAAAUAGAUGCAUGGGUCUCGGAUCCAUUCCCGAUUCUUUCGGGCAGCUUACCAACUUGACCCAUCUUUCCAUCAGCGGCUCCGCGGCAAGUCUUCAGCUGCCCGAAUCCACCUCCAAUCUCUCGUCCCUACUGACCCUCGAAAUUUCCAACUGCAAAGACCUUGCACCGCUGCCCGAGAGUUUUGGAAACCUGCCGGCGCUUGAAACCCUACGACUGGAGGAGGUGGGGGGAAUCACCAACCUGCCCGCCAGUCUUGUGCAUCUGCAGCGGCUGCGGCUCCUUUCUGUGAUCAACUGCUACAAAUUAGUCUCUAUCCCUACCCCACUUUCCCACCUGACCUCUCUGACGGACCUUAUUCUCGUUGGCCAAGCACUCGACCUCCUGCCUCUUGACAUCGGUCCACUACCACACCUACGCACUCUGAAGCUGGAUGGAAUUCGGGUGCAUCUUCCUCCGUCUAUAACCCUUGCUACUGCGAUGAAAGAGCUUACGCUUCAUGACUUCAGAGUUAUAUGUUCGCUACCCGAGGAAUUUGGGCAACUGACUGCCCUGGCGACCCUGCACCUCAUGAAGCUUCCACGGCUCACCAGCCUGCCGUCAUCGCUGGGCGACGUGACGAGCCUCAAGGAGCUGAAGAUUUCUGAAUGCAGCCAGCUGGCGCAGCUUCCACACUCCCUCACUCUGCUGUCUUCCCUCGAGCUGCUGGAAAUCAGUCACUGCUGCAAUCUGACGGCGCUACCGCAGGGCAUGGGGAAUGGUCUGCAUAGCCUGCGCAGACUCUUUCUGCGCGAAUGCGCUGCUCUCACCUGCCUUCCUCCAUCCUUCUCCAGCCUCUCCUCCCUCGAAACCCUAGAAAUCCAUCAAGCAACCAGCUUAGGCGCGCUACCAGACGGAUUCUCCCACUUGACAAGCCUCAGGAAGCUCGCUCUCUGCUUCUUACCGCACCUGCCCGCCCUGCUUGCCUCCCUCCCUGCCAUCGCCCAUUCUCUCACCAGCCUCGAGCUGCUCUCCUGCACGCAAAUCAGUGCCCUGCCAGAGGAAAUCGGAUGGCUGGGAGGGCUUGAAACACUCGAGCUCUACGAACUGCCCAAGCUGAAGUCGCUCCCUCGCUCGCUGUGUCAGCUGCAGCGAUUGAAAUAUCUGCAAGUGAGAAACUGCAGCGCGCUGCAGUUGCUGUUUGGGGAUGAGGACCUGGGAGUCGUUCCGUAUGGCUAUGGCUUAGGGGCGGGAAGCACCCGUCUCGAGUUUGCCGGUCACACCGGUUGCAGCAGUGCCGCUGGCAGCAGUGGGGGAUCGGAGGGAAAGGACAAGAGCGUGUUGUUGCCAUCCCUUGAGAGCCUUGAGAUUUCGGGCCCUCCUCUGCAGCUGCUCGGUCCAUCGCUGGGCUGCUUCCCGUCGCUCACAGCGUUGAAAAUCUCCGCAAUGCAUUGGCUCCGCGCGCUCCCACCUCCCGACUCUCUCGCUUGCAGUCACUCACGAUCAGACCUCUCCCUCAUGUCACUGCCCAAACUCCGCAGCCUGCCCGAAACUUUUUCGCAGCUGCCCAGGCUGGAGGGUUUGACCCUGCUUGGGUGCAAGCGGCUGGCUCGGUUACCCACGGGGCUGCGGCAGAUGGGGAAGCUGCAGGCAUGCGUUAUCACAGACUGUCGGCUACUGUCUAAACGACAGAAGAUGGUGAUUUGCGGUACAGCGAACCUGGACGAGGGGGAGCGUGUGGUGGGUGGCUCAGAGGAAGAAGAUGAAGGGGAAGUGUGGAUGGGGGAGGAGGAUGAGGGGAGCGAGAGAGGGGAGAGUGAAGGGGAGGAAGGAGAAGGGACCCUUCCACUGCAGCGGCUCGGUGCAUCGCUGGGCUCCUUCCUGUCGCUAACCAAGCUGGAAAUUCUCGAAAUGCAUCGCAUCACCUCACUCCCAGCCUCCAUCUCUCGCCUCUCUCUCUUGCAGUCUCUCACGGUCAGCCAUGCCAAAGGCCUGCUAUCUCUGCCUGAAACGCUAGGGGGGCUGCCAGCGCUCACAACCCUCCAACUCGACAAUCUCCUGAGCUUGUCUAAGCUGCCCGAGUCGUUCGGGCAGCUGAACAUGAUUCAGUACUUGGAAAUAUAUCGCAGCCCAGGCCUUACCAAGCUUCCCGAUUCCUUCCCCGGUCUGUGCCGACUGGAGCUGUGCUAUAUCUCCAGAAUCGGAAUCUCGUGCCUUCCAGAUGACUUCUGUAAGCUACAAGACUUGCAUCUGCACUCGUGCGAGCAACUUGUUCGGUUACCCACGGGUCUGCAGCAGAUGGCGAAGCUGCAUGCAUGCACUGUCACAGAGUGCCCGCUGCUGUCAACGGGACAGAGGGUGGUGAUCUGUGGUUCAGCGGACCUGGACGAGGGGGAGCAUGUGGUGGGUGGUGUAGAGCAAGAGGAUGGGGGGGGGAUGGCACGGAGAUGCAAGAGGAAUUAUGAAAUUGCCGACUUCACCCAUUUCGCUGCUGGCACUCCAGGUUGUGCUGAGCUGGCAUCUCUCGAUGCUACGCUGUCAGACUUCAGAGCAAACCCCGGGCAGGUUUCACAAGUUUUCUGCUUCACAUGGGCAGUGGUUCUAGAGAAGUCCGCCACUGCAGCUUAG